UUCACACGGAGCAAAGUGGUCUUGUUCCUCCAGAACCCUCUGCCGUGCGGCGCGGUUCCUCUUUCGUUCAGAAGGCAAGAGCGAUUUUGGAUCCGGGGCCUCCAGCUCCCGCCGCCCUCUCCCGCCGAAUCCCGGAGCUCCGUUCGUCGAGGAGAUGGGGAACAGUGCAUCUGCGACAACCGUCGCCCCAACUGCAGAAGAAAAAACCGGGCAAGCUCCAGCGCCUGACACGAAGCCGAAGAAGAAGAUAUGCUGCGCCUGCCCCGACACAAAGAGGCUGAGGGACGAGUGCAUCGUGGAGCAUGGCGAGGAUGCGUGCGGGAAGUGGAUCGAAGCCCAUCGCCUAUGCUUGAGAGCCGAAGGGUUCAACGUCUGAUACGUUUAAGAGCGUCGCACUUCUGAACGACGAACAAUGUCGGUUAACAGUUUGAUCGCUGGGCAUUCCAGUUUGCGGGGAGGGGUGUUCUCCCCCCUAAUAGGCAUUCAGCGCCACAGAUGAUAUAUGGAAUUUUGUUAUAAAUGGUACCGUGUUGGGCUUUCUCCAAACGGUGUCAUUGUUUGGAGACAUUCUUGUUUCUUCUUGUCUGCUGGUUGGGCUGGAUUUUUCACUGAACUAGAUGAUACCCCGCACGUUGUUGCGGAAAUAUUUGCAAUACAUUUCGAUGAUAUGUGAUUUCUAUGGAACGUGAAUAGUGAUACUAUGAAAACUAAAAUUGCAAAUCCA